GGACCAGCGGAGGCUCCCAAGUCUGGCAUUGGGAAAUAUGACAGCAGAAGUGCAUGCUUGCUAACAUAAGGGAUUUCUGAAGAAGACAGAAUGCCUUUCAAAGGGUUCCAUUCCCUGAAGGAAAGAUUUUUUAACCCAGGAAAGGAAGAGGUGAAGAACACCAUUAGUGACUCACUGGGGAAUCUCAGAAGGAAAAUCGAUGGCACCAACGUGGAGGAGGACCACAUUGAGCUGACAGAAGAGGGGCGGCCGGUGCAGGCGAGCACCCGCCAGCCGGCAGCCUGCGACUGCUACUGCUGCGGGCUGCCCAAGCGCUACAUCAUCGCCAUCAUGAGCGGGCUGGGGUUCUGCAUCUCCUUCGGAAUUAGGUGCAACCUGGGUGUUGCCAUCGUGGAAAUGGUGAACAAUAACACUGUUUAUGUUAACGGGAAGCCAGAGCUGCAGAAAGCACAGUUCAACUGGGAUCCAGAGACAGUGGGGCUCAUUCACGGCUCUUUUUUCUGGGGUUACAUUGUGACACAAAUCCCAGGAGGGUUCAUCUCAAAUAAAUUGGCUGCUAACAGGGUAUUUGGAGCAGCUAUCUUCCUAACGUCUACACUGAACAUGUUCAUCCCUUCUGCAGCAAGAGUGCAUUAUGGGUGUGUGAUGUUUGUGAGGAUUCUGCAAGGUCUGGUGGAGGGCGUCACCUACCCAGCGUGCCACGGGAUGUGGAGUAAGUGGGCUCCUCCCCUGGAGAGAAGCAGAUUGGCCACCACAUCAUUCUGUGGGUCUUAUGCAGGCGCAGUGGUUGCCAUGCCACUGGCAGGUGUACUGGUCCAGUACAUCGGAUGGUCAUCAGUCUUCUAUAUUUAUGGAAUGUUUGGGAUUGUUUGGUACAUGUUCUGGCUCCUUCAUGCCUAUGAGAGCCCUGCUGCACAUCCAACAAUAACCAACGAAGAGAAGAUAUACAUAGAAACAAGUAUUGGAGAAGGAGCCAGCCUAGCUAGUGCAAGUAAAUUCAGUACCCCCUGGAAGAGAUUUUUCACUUCAAUGCCAGUUUAUGCAAUCAUUGUGGCAAACUUCUGCAGAAGCUGGACCUUCUAUUUGCUUCUUAUAAGUCAGCCUGCUUACUUUGAAGAAGUCUUUGGAUUUGCAAUAAGCAAGGUUGGCCUUUUGUCAGCAGUUCCUCACAUGGUCAUGACAAUCAUUGUACCCAUUGGAGGGCAGCUAGCUGACUUCUUAAGGAGCAGGAAGAUUUUAACCACAACUACUGUAAGGAAGGUCAUGAAUUGUGGAGGCUUUGGGAUGGAAGCAACCUUGCUUUUGGUUGUUGGUUAUUCUCAUACAAAAGGUGUGGCUAUUUCCUUUCUGGUGUUAGCAGUAGGCUUCAGUGGCUUUGCCAUUUCAGGAUUCAACGUGAACCACUUGGACAUAGCCCCGCGUUACGCCAGCAUUCUGAUGGGGAUCUCCAACGGCGUGGGGACGCUGUCGGGCAUGGUGUGCCCACUCAUCGUUGGUGCAAUGACAAAACAUAAGACCCGUGAAGAAUGGCAAAAUGUUUUUCUGAUCGCAGCCCUGGUACAUUACAGUGGAGUGAUAUUCUAUGCUAUCUUUGCUUCUGGGGAGAAGCAGGAAUGGGCUGACCCCGAAAACCUCAGUGAAGAGAAAUGCGGCAUAAUUGAUCAGGAUGAACUGGCUGAAGAAACAGAGAUGAACAAUGAAACUUUUGUUAGUCCAAAGAAAACGUACGGUGCUACCAGUCAAAACAUUGAGGUACAGAGAAGGGAAUGGAGAAAGCAAAAGCAAGUAACUCAAGACAUGGAAGAACAGACUUCUUACCAUUAUGAAAAUGGAAAUUUUCAAGAUUUGUCAUAAUACUUGAAAUUGUAAGGUUUGUAUAGCACCUGCUCCCAUCCCCUCUUCUGCCUAACUACCC